GCACAACCAAUUUUUCGACAAGAGUGAUACAUUUUGCUUUCAAACUAGACACUCAACGUAUUAAUAUAUUUCUUUAGUCACAAUGCACACGCUGAUACUUUCCGUGUUCGUCUCCGCGACGGCAUCUCUUUGCUCCCCCAAUGCAUCUGGACCAACAGUGACCAGCUUCGAUGGUGCAGUCACAGGUGACGAGUUGAAUUCUUUCAAUUCAUAUGUGGAGAGUCUCAGUCCUGCAAAGGAUAAUAUUGGCAAUCAAUGGGCACAAGGAGACUCUGGCGAACGCACAAAGGCCAUGGGAGUCGUCUAUCAGAUUGCACGCCAACGACGCACAUUGGACAAUAUGCUCGUGUACUGCGAUGCUGUGUUAUCCCAGAGAAACGAUCUAGCCCCGGCACCAAUCGGUCAACACAAAGCCUGGACAGGAGAUAUUGCCCCAGUGUGGCCAAACAAUAUUGAUUCGGAACCUGUCUCUACUGGUGGCGAGCAGGGCGACCCUGUUGGCCACCUAGCAAGCUGUGCCAAUCUCAUCCUACAGACCAAAGACAUCCACCACGAAAAUACCACCGGUGGUGAUGCGCAUGGUUAUGGUGCGACAUAUUUGGACAGAGCCAAGACGUACCUUAAGCAGGGCGACUUUGCUAUGACCAACCACAUCCUACCUCGCUUGCUUAACAUCUCCAAUGGGGACCGAAUGUACUUCGCCUCGGAUUCUCCAUACAAAGGCGGACAGGCUGUGCCGUGGAACCAGCAAAUGAUGUUUAACUAUGCCUUUCAAAACCUAGUCGAGGCCCAUCUAAUCCUGGGCGACGAUGCGGAACUCGCAGACAAGUAUAAAGGAAUCAUGCAGACCAGCCUUAGCUGGUUCUUUUCAGGCGGAGGCUCGGUGACCAAAAAGAGCAAGCGAGGUAACCCAAUCUACACAUGGAUGUAUGCCCCUGAUACCCGCGACGUUGAAGACUCGAACCAUGCCUCGCUAGACGUAGCAGGCUUUUACCGCGCAUGGAGUCAGGGCAGCUGGGGAAUCACAAAAAAAGAAAUGGAACCUUUUGCCAACGUGCUGGUUGAUGUCAUGUCAUUGGGCGGCGGACAAUAUGCCGGAACGGUGGAGGGUAGCUGCGGCGAGAAGCAUAAAGCGUGCACCAAUUACAUUCGGAGCGGUAUGCUGUGGCUGUCAGAGUUCAGGCCGGACCAGUACAAGGCUAUCAUGGGGGCAGAUCUGCAGGAAGGCAAAUCAACGCCAAAGGUGGACAUAUUUUCGCGGUUCCUCUGGGUCAAGAAUUUGAGGGCCCAGCAACGCGCUUGAAAACAGACGACAAGAACGCCUUACGGCGCUAAACCAGUUUAUUCUAGAAGGAACUCAGCUACAUGUUGCUUGCCAUCCUGCUGCAUAGCCCUCUGACAAUGUAACUGUAUCUCAUCUGUUAGGACAAACCUUUCCUGCCAACAAGGCCAAAGCGACAUGCAUUGAUGCCGAUCAGGGACUUGAGCCACUCAUUUCAUUUUCCAUAACUGAGAGACCUGGUUUUAAUUAACACCCCA